GAAUACUCUGUGGUGUUCAUACCACUAACGAUUCUGUCAUCUAGGAAUUUCUUUCCAACUUCGUUGAUUGGAGAUCGUCAAAAUGGUUCAACGGUUAGUUUUCAGAAGGAGGUUGUCAUACAACACAAAAUCCAACAGGAGGAGAAUAGUUCGUACUCCUGGUGGUAGAUUGAACUACUUGUACCUCAAAAAAGCAAAGAGUGUACCAAAAUGUGGUCAAUGCAAAGAUAAAUUGAGGGGUAUUGUGCCAGCCAGAUCCUAUGAAAGGUCCAGGCUCUGCAGACGUAAGAAGAUGGUCAAGAGGGCUUAUGGUGGUGUGUUGUGCCACAAGUGUGUGAAGGAAAAGAUCGUCAGAGCUUUCCUUCUUGAAGAACAAAAAAUAGUAGUGAAAGUAAUGAAGGCUCAACAGGGUGUAAAAGCUGCUCCUUCUAAGAAAUAAUAUGGAAUAAAUUUUGUAAAGUAAAA